AUGCAUGCGAACGCGAGGGUCUCGGGUCGCCUGCAGUCUGCAACUAAGAGGAGGUUAGCAUCGAGAGUCGAGAUGGCCGAUAAGAAUGGCCGGUACAUACCUCUUCAUUCUGCUUUCCUUCUCCCUCCAUCACCUCCCUUUCGCUUUCGCUUCGCCUCACUGUACUCCAAAGUCCAUCCGCUAUCGUUCACGCUCAUCUUCCCAUUGCUCCUCUUCGACGUACCCCAAACGCUAUCACCGUCGAACCUAGGACCAGCCACCCAGACAGAACAAGAACCACUGUUCGCCGUUCGUAUAUACCCCGUACUCGUUCGCGUUUCGUCGUCGCCCUUGCCCGUGCACCCUUUCCUUCGUACUCCCUUCGCUGUACCCAUUCAACCCUCCCGCACCCCUCGUUCUCUCGUUCUGAGCUUUCUUCGUACCCUUGCUGACUCGCACGCUGACUCCCUCCUUCCUCCAGCCGUCUCCUCCGUCUCCCUGUCCGCUCCUCCCCGUCCUCGCAACUGGCCUCGCAACUGUCCUCGCAACGGCCAGGCCAGGUCAGCGCCGGACGAAGGCACGAAGGACAAGGACGGGGACGAAGGGCGAAGAGAUGAGGACGAGGACCCAAGGCAAAGAGACGAGGGGGCGUUCCUCAUCUGCAUCUUCCAUCAUCUCGCUUCGUCGUUGUCGUCGUAG